GGCCAAAUUCUCUCAUGGUCAUCAGAUGAGCAUUGAUGAGAUUCAUCACAUACAGGAUCGGUUGUCACCUCGCACACUGGCAUCCUUUGUGUGUACGUCCACCCAGGCAUGGACAGGCAGCGGUCCAUUGUAUGAAAAGCAGCAGCAAAAGUAAACCGAAGGAAGGUCUCCCAGAGACUACAAAAAAUCUACCGACAUAUGUAAAACAACUAUCAGAAGACUCGGUGUCGAUCAGUGUCCAUUGCAAACCGGGCUCAAAAGUGAACAGCUUCAGCAUCACAGAAGGAUCGGUGAGCCUGGCCAUCUCUGCACCGGCAAGAGAAGGAGAAGCAAAUGCAGCGGCAGCUCUGUUUCUUGCUGAAGUGUUGGGGGUCAAGAAACGACAAGUAGAGUUGGCGAUAGGAUCCAGAUCUCGGGAGAAAGUAUUCAAAGUCCACGGUCUGGACAGUGAUACAGCCCUGACAAGGCUAAUGCAGGCAUCAGGGCAGUCUUGAGUGAUGGGCUACCCACCUUCAGCAAUGUAUAGCAUCCGAGCAAUCAAUCACUUUUAAGGUAUCAAUGAAUGUAUGCACAUGCCCUCAGGGCUGCUGUUGAAAAAAACUGACGC